CGCUCGGUGCCCAGCGCCUCGCAUUAUUUCCCUUGGCUCUGCCUAGCCAUACUAAGUACGCGACCCCGGCGCUGUCCGCCGUCGCACCUCCAUGACGUCAGGCGCGCCACCACCUUCGGGCUCGGGGGCGGGGCCGCGGGGCUGGCCAGCCGGGGGCGGGGCCGGGGCCAGGGCAGAGCUCGCGGCCUCCGCGGCCAUAGCUGCCUGCGCCGUCCCUUCCCCUCACGCGCUCCCCGCCCUCCUGGGCCGAGUGGGGUUGGGUGGUGUCGGCGGCGUCUCCCUGAGGGGCACCGCGGCUUCAGGAGCUGGGCCUCCAGUGUGGCGCGAUGUCAGGUGCCGUGACGGCUCUGUGAGUCCGAGGAGGCGGCCGUGGCGCUGAGCGGCUACGGGGCCUGGCCCGGGUCCGCUCAUGGUGCCGCCACGACGCCAUCGCGGGGCAGGAAGGCCAGGGGCGCUGAGUUCUUCACCUCCUUUUAGACUGAGAUUUGCCAAGUUUUGCCGCAUUGCUCUUGAAGAUCUCAGAAAGGCUCUUAAGACGAGACUGCAAAUGGUGUGUGUAUUUAUCAUGAACCGACUGAAUUCCCAGAACAGUGGCUUCACUCAGCGCAGGCGAAUGGCUCUUGGGAUUGUUAUUCUCCUGCUUGUUGAUGUCAUAUGGGUUGCUUCCUCUGAACUUACUUCGUAUGUUUUUACCCAGUACAACAAACCAUUCUUCAGCACCUUUGCAAAAACUUCUAUGUUUGUUUUGUACCUUUUGGGCUUCAUUAUUUGGAAGCCAUGGAGACAACAGUGUACAAGAGGACUUCGAGGAAAGCAUGCUGCUUUUUUUGCAGAUGCUGAAGGUUACUUUGCUGCUUGCACGACAGAUACAACUAUGAAUAGUUCUUUGAGUGAACCUCUAUAUGUUCCUGUGAAAUUUCAUGACCUUCCAAGUGAAAAACCUGAGAGCACAAACAUUGAUACUGAAAAAACUCCCAAAAAGUCUCGUGUGAGGUUCAGUAAUAUCAUGGAGAUUCGACAGCUUCCAUCAAGCCAUGCAUUGGAAGCAAAGUUGUCUCGCAUGUCAUAUCCUGUGAAAGAACAAGAAUCCAUACUGAAAACUGUGGGGAAACUUACUGCAACUCAAGUAGCGAAAAUUAGCUUUUUUUUUUGCUUUGUGUGGUUUUUGGCAAAUUUGUCAUAUCAAGAAGCACUUUCAGACACACAAGUUGCUAUAGUUAAUAUUUUAUCUUCAACUUCUGGACUUUUUACCUUAAUCCUUGCUGCAGUAUUUCCAAGUAACAGUGGAGAUAGAUUUACCCUUUCUAAACUAUUAGCUGUAAUUUUAAGCAUUGGAGGUGUUGUUCUGGUAAACCUGUCAGGGUCUGAAAAAUCUGCUGGAAGAGAUACAAUAGGUUCCGUUUGGUCUCUUGUUGGAGCCAUGCUCUAUGCUGUCUAUAUUGUUAUGAUUAAGAGAAAAGUAGACAGAGAAGACAAGUUGGAUAUUCCAAUGUUCUUUGGUUUUGUAGGUUUGUUUAAUCUGCUGCUCUUAUGGCCAGGUUUCUUUUUACUACAUUAUACUGGAUUUGAGGACUUCGAGUUUCCCAAUAAAGUAGUAUUAAUGUGCAUUAUCAUUAAUGGCCUUAUUGGAACAGUACUCUCAGAGUUCCUAUGGUUGUGGGGAUGCUUUCUUACCUCAUCAUUGAUAGGCACACUUGCGCUAAGCCUUACAAUACCUCUGUCCAUAAUAGCUGACAUGUGUAUGCAAAAGGUGCAGUUUUCUUGGUUAUUUUUUGCAGGAGCUAUCCCUGUAUUUUUUUCAUUUUUUAUUGUAACUCUCCUAUGCCAUUAUAAUAAUUGGGAUCCUGUGAUGGUGGGAAUCAGAAGAAUAUUUGCUUUUAUAUGCAGAAAACAUCGGAUUCAGAGAGUUCCGGAAGACAGCGAACAGUGUGAGAGUCUCAUUUCUAUGCACAGUGUUUCUCAGGAGGAUGGAACUAGUUAGCUGUUGUCGGUAGCCCAGCUUGAAAUUGGAACAUUAUACAGCGAAGAGACAAUCUCUGGCAAGUUUUUGUAGAAAAAUAUUUCAGUGCCUAGUCUGGAAAAUAACAGUUUCAGUUAUUUGAAACUCUAAAAUAUAUUUUUCUCAUAUAUGUUUUCUUCAUUUUCAUAAUGAAGCACUUUGCUAUGUAGCUGUGUACAUAUCACUACAAUUAUAGGAAGUUCCAGUCUACAGUCCAUCCAAAGGACCAACCUGCCUUACACAUCUCAAGGAAUUCAGCUGUUGAAAUCAUUUGAACUAAUCAAGGAAUAAAUCCUAAUGUUCUGAGACUUUAUUUUCACAUAUUUGUUAAAUGCUGGACUAUAUUAUGGAAAUGUUUUCAAGAAAUCAUUUAAGUGUUCAUAGAUCAGUGUUUCUGACAGGUAAAAGGCUAAAUUAAGCUACCUGUAAUAAGUAUGGAUUAUAUGGGUUUUGUAGAAUAUUGCAAAUGAACCACACAAAAAAAUGUUUAAUUUAUGCAACAAGCAUGCUUGUGCAAAUUUCGUGGGACUUUAAAAAGAAUAAAUAUUUGAGAAAAUAUCAGGUUCACUUACACUACAUUUAUUGUAUUAUUCUUUUAUAGCAUUAGGUGCCUUGUAUUUUAAAUCUGUGACAAACCAUGGCAAAUUUUUAAAGGGGAAGUAUUAUAAAAUGAAGAAUUAUGUAUUUCUAGAGGGUAUAUUGCUGUAAACUUAAUUGAUAAAGCUCUUUUUAAUUUAGAGUUUUGAAGAGAUAUUCUCUCUUUAAAUUAAGAAAUUUUCAUAAUGGAAUGAUUUAAAUUGUAGUGACAAAGAGUGUUAUUAAAAUACAAUGUUUUUAUGUGUA